GUGAGGCAGAGAGGAUCCGGGCUGCGGGGCAAAAGCAAACCAAACAAACAACAACCAGAAAGCGUGGGAUCCUACUGCUUGUCCGGGUUAUACCCACAACCCCUGCUGCAUGUGCAGGUUUUGUUUUGGUUUUGUUUUUUUGUUUUUUUGGCGACACAAUGAAAGUGUGAAGGAACUUCAUCCGGAUUUGGAAUAAUCAUCACCACCACCACCACCACCACCACCAUCCUCAUCCUCACCCUCAUCGUAAUGGCGCGCCACAAAUACCUGAGCUCCACGGCGCCGCUGAGGUUUCACUGAGAGUCCGAGUCGCGUCGUGGGCUUCUUCUUGUGUGGCCAACGUGAUGGAUACAAAUGCGUUCGCAGCCCUGAAACUUUUCGCGGCCGCCAUUCUGGUCAAUGCCUGGAUGAUGAGGAGCUUGUCAGCCACCGAUACGUUCAACUUGGAGCCCACUCCUCCACGCCCCCGCACGACCAAAUGCAACGAGUCUCAUCUGCUGUGGGAGAUGGAGGGCUGCGGGGAGAGGUUCAAGAGGGACAUGGCUCAAAUAGAUCCUCAGUACUGGUGCAACCUCACACACUUCAUCGGGAAGUACCACCUCUUCACGCUGUGCACGGAGGUGGAGUCCCAGCGCGUCAACUGCUACUGGCCCAACCCCAUGGUGGAGAGCUACAUCAUCCGCAUACACAAACACUUCUUCUCCAACUGUACCGUGGAGCGCGAGGUGUGGGUGGACCCGCCGGACGACACGCUCACCAUCCUCAUCCUCGUCCCCGUCUUCCUCACCCUGGCCAUGAUCGCCCUGGUGGUCUGGUGCAGCAAGAGAGGGGACAUCUUGGCCUAAGAGGAGGAGGAGGAGGAGGAGGGGGGAAUGGAGGAGCGCAGCGGGAAUGGGGGUUGAAAAGAGAGACGGACGCUGGGACCGUGCUGUCCGUCUUCGUCGUCAGACACUGAAAAUAAUACACUCCGACUAAACCGAGUCCGGGCCCGGAGCUCUCGGACCCGGACUCGGAGACAUGGGGACUUUGACAUCACUGUACUGUAUAGUUGUCUAAAGACUUGGGGACGCGGAUGAAGCCGGGACUCGGCUUUGACGACGUUGCGGCCCAUGUUGUGGUCUUGUACUUUCUAAUGGUGACGUAGAAGGACGGGAGAAGGACGGGAGAAGGCCGACGGCGGACUUCAGCCGAAACGCUCGGACCUGUGUGUUGCUUCCCGGACAGGGAAUGCAUUUGUCAUUCCAGGUUUUGUCCACCGGCCCAUCGCCGGGUUCCUGAACAAAGCCGUCACCACUGUAAAGGAUACAGUACCAGUUCUGUGGCCCGGAGACACACCGGGCACCCCGAGACCCAGACACUUCUGGCCCUUCUGGGACCGACUGAAGGCCAGGGGGUUGUUGUGAAAUCACAUAAUUUAUCACAAACUGUUGAUGUUGUGUAUUUACUCACAAAACGUGACUCUGAAAGGGGGAGGCCGAUGGUCUCGGGGGGGAUUCGGACCACCCGUGUACAGCUAUAUAUUAUCUACCGGUGCCAUCUACUGUAUCUGUGUUGCACCCCAAGUUUCACACCGACCGAGGUAAAAUGUAAAACGUAUACCGACUCUCUCAGACGGGAGGGGUCGGAGUUAAUAUAUUUACCCCCCCCCCCCGGUGGUCUGAGAAACGAAACCCAGCGCACUCGCAAGGCAAACCAACUCAGGCGCCGCUUGUUUUCCCACCGAAGCGUUCGCGGCUCGUGCUCGGCAAGGGCGUGCGUGCAAACUGAAAGCGUCACUUCCUGUUCUGCCAGCGAACCCGCGUCGAGCCACGCCCCUCGGCACGGCGUCUCCCCCCACCCAGUCACCUGUAAGCUCUCUCGCUCCUUCGUGCGUGAGCCGGACGAGGAGAAAUGGCCUUCAUCGCUUCCCUUUGUUAGCCGAAGGCCCCGCCCCCCCCCGCCGUGCACCUGCCCCUAUUUUUAGUCACCUCCUGCAGUAAAAUGUAGAAAUACGACCUUUCGGUUUGCGCCGCGCCCUCGUCCCACACCUCCGCCCCCAUGCUGCCGCUCUUGAAAGACAUUACAGAAACUGCCGGAAUCUUUUACGAUCCAAUAAAAACACCGGGGGGCCUCAACUCCCCCGUGGCUACUGUGUCUCUGGUUUGCCCCACCGAGUUGCCCCCUUACCCUUUUUUUUUUCUUCUCCUCUGAUUUCUUUUUAACACGGGCGGCGUUAUUUGCAAUUAACCUACCCGGGAAAAAAAAACAAACCCCCUCAUUACUCCACCCGGCAGGACGGCCCUGGACUGCAUGAAGCAACGCCGCAUGAUGUGACGGGCGCAGCAUCCGGUCUUCUCGCAACGCGAAACAAAACACAAAACUUCCCGGAUUCAGAUGUAAACUUCAA